UCAUUUUCGUCCCUCUUUGGCGGUUCUUCUUUAGUCUUAGCAACUUCUCGACAUGUUCCUCAACAUGGUCCGGACGAUUGCUCUCCUCUCUCUGGCCGCGGCUCUCCAGUCGGGUCUGGCUCUCGCGCAACUCGAUGCGAAUAUCCGAGCGGAUACCAAUCGCGAUGGGGUUGUGGACAUUAACGGAAACUCAGACUCGGCGGGUAGGGCACUCUGGUCUGCGACUCGCGGCGCCAUCUUCCUACCGAACGUCGGCGAUAAACACAUGCGAUGUGCCAAUACCGACCGGAAUAAUAAUCCGCUCAGCAAUGAUGAGAUAGCUUACUGUAGUGAUGCGUCCGGCCAUCUACUGCUUGCCCCCGAAUACCUUGCGCCUCUCCGGACGAUACCGAUGACGAACAUCUCAGACAAUGCUACGGCUCAUGUAUACGCCACUCCACGCGCAGCUUACGAGAGGACCCGAAUCUUUGUGCUCGAGGACGCUGCCAAUCCUAAUGCAACCAAAUCGUGGCGCCUUGUCGACCAGGAACUCUUCUUCAACGCCACUCAGUUACGUCAAGGCCUCAUUCUUGGUAUUGAUGGAAGAGAGUUUGUGAAAGAUGCCGAUGUUUGGGACGGGCGUGUGACGGUUCAUUUCGAUGUUACCGAUCGUAUCUCAUACACGGGAACCCCGCGCAUUGGCAGCGACAUCGUUGCCAUGAAAAUAGCGCCAGUACUGCUCCACCACCCUCUUCAGCGGGUCGAAACCUUGGUCAGUAGCAAUGCUAAUGAAACCAACCUUGUCCAAAGAGACUUUGUGCAUCAGAUUGAGGACGCUCGUGUAGCGAUCGGCCUUGAGAAUCCAUUGCUUCUGUUCAACCAGUCAUCCGACAUCUGGGCCCAGGAUUUCUUGGAGCCAGCUUAUGCCAGCAUGCCCGGCCCUGUCGGUCCUAUCGCUAUCAGAAUCAUGCUCCGUUCCGCGCAGUCGGCUCGCACUGGUGGUCGUCAAGUAUUUGAACAGCUGCGGGGGCCAGGAGUAGGCGGGUUUCAGCCAGGAAGCGCCACAGGAACAGGAUUUGGCUACGAUACGAUCAACAGCUACGGGAAUUUGGAGACUCUUCCACCCCACCGGUCUAAACGCGGUGUGAAUUAUCCGGCUGGACGUGCUGUCUUCGGAAAGCACUUCGAUCAACUGACGUCUAAGCCUGUUAGGGACUUGUUGUAUGGAAACAAGGUGCAAACCCCACUCGUGCUCGAAACCGGAUGGUUGCGCGUCGGGCACAUAGAUGAGUUUUUGCAAUUUAUCCCUUAUGACAACGAUUUGGGUUGGACCAUUGCGAUUGCAGAUACGAGAUCGGCUAUGAAGAUCCUGCAAGAUGCGCAGCUGGCAGGACAUGGAAGCCAGGUGGCCGUUUCUUUUAAUCUGUCGCGUGUUGAGGAGCUGCAAGGCACGGUGCCUAAGAACCCCGGACUUAGUAUCAACAUCAACGAUCUCCUGGCCAACCAGACAUUUGCUGAGACGAAUGCAUACGGCCAGAAAUACAUUGACUCCAACCUCGACAUACUUCUUUCCGAAGUCCCGCUUAAUCGCUCGGAUAUCGUCUUCGUGCCCGCUCUCUUCCAAGACAAUUCUCGAGGCGGCCCUUUCGUUAAUGCCGACGGCUUGCACGUUUACUGGUACCCUGUUACUGAAGGAGAGAUGAACUUGGGUGCUUUCUUUCCAGCUGCUAUCAACGGUAUCAUAAUUGGACAGCAGUAUCUCGCGCCUCGCCCUUGGGGCCCGGUGGUCGACGGCGUAGAUGUGUUUGCCAGGGCGGUGGAAGAAGUCUACACGCGUGCCGGUAUGAAUGUUACGUACAUAGACGACUACCUAAGCCAUCAUUCUAGGGGAGGCGAAAUUCAUUGUGGAACCAAUACGUUGAGGCAGACGGACAUUCCCUGGUGGGAGUAACAGAUUAUCC